AGUCGAUUGUGGAUGAUGGAAGACGGAGGAUAAAUAGUACAUGAGGGGUUAUAUGGAGGGGGUGAGCGUCGCGCAGACCUCUACCCCCGGCCAUUGUUCCCUGUAGCUGAUGGUCCCGGACCGCCCGUCUGCCCUCUGCUUUGUGCUGAGCUCCAGGAGAAACCUCCUCAGAUCCCAGGGACCACUAGACAACGAGAGCUGAUAAAGACCACCACCAAGACACACAAGCCUGGAGACCAUCCCUGUGUGCCCGCUGGCCACAACGUGUCCUACAGAGGACCCAAAAAACUAUCAAAAUACCCUCUGCCAGAAGACAUCGGGGUCAACCACCCACUACAGAGACAAGACUGGGACAGACACCACCCCCAGGAGGACCUGAGCCCAACUCUAAAAUAAACUUGGAGACCCUGGCAGCGGUGGGGGCCCGGGAAGUGGGGAUAAGUCACUGGAUACUGGGAACACCUGGAUAGUGCAAGUCCUUGAUUUGGGGCCCCUGUGGCCCUUGGCUUGUGGGAAUAUUCCUUCCAUUAGUGACCACGGUCAUGGCAAAGUGGUUCAAGGAUCUCCCUUUGUCGUUGAAGAAUGUCUCGGACAGAGCCAAGCCUGGCCUUCCUGGGGCCAGGACCCUCCCCAAAGUGGGGGCUUCCCGCAAAAACUCCUGCAAUGACCCCCAAAAUCCCUCAGUGAAGACCCGAAAGAACUCUUCGUCCGACAGUCAGAGCAAGGGGGCCAAAGAUGUCAGCCGGCUCUCCAGGGAGGGGAUCCAGAGCUUCUUACAGGGCAGGAGUAGGAAGAACUCAAAAGAUGAGGUGGGGGUCCUCCGGGCCCCUAAGGGACACAGCACGUACAUCAACCGCCUCAUCAAGGUGGACCCCAGCUUGCAGGAGAAGAAUGGGGGGAACACCCAAGACUCCGAGGAGGCCGGGCAAGACCAAGAGAAGGGCAUCAAGGAGGAAACGAUCAUUAUCUUAGAGGAUUAUUCCGACCCCUACGAUGCUAAGCGCACCAAAGGUCAGCGGGAUGCCGAGAGGGUUGGCGAAAAUGACGGCUACAUGGAACCAUAUGACGCCCAGCAGAUGAUAACCGAGAUCCGGCGGCAGGGAUCCAGGGAUCAGCUGAUCACUGAGCUCCUCCUGAUGGAACUGGAGGGGGGCAAGCCGGAGGUGAAGAGGCGAGGAUCCCAGGAGCCCCCGGGGAAGCCCCCCCAGCUGUACGACACCCCCUAUGAGCCCCCCGAAUCCCAGACCAGUGAGGAAGAGAACCUGCAGCGGCCAGUGGAGGGGACCCGACCGGAGAACGACGAGCGCCCCGCAGAGGAGUAUGAGCAGCCCUGGGAGUGGAAGAAGGAGCAUAUCGUGAGGGCGCUCUCCGUCCAGUUUGAAACCAGUGAGCGGACCCCCGGAGCCAAGGAGGAGGCCGGGCGGCUGCACCAGCGCCAGAAGAGCUGGACCGCCAAAGUCCUGAAGCAGACGCAGCCGGAUCAGAACGACAAGGUGGAUCCCACGCUGCCCCUGGAGAAGCAGAGUUGGUAUCACGGCGCAGUGACCCGAGCGGAAGCAGAGAGCCGACUCCAGUCCUGUCGGGAGGCCAGCUACCUCCUGCGCAACAGCGAAUCCGGGAACAGCAAAUACUCCAUUGCAUUAAAGACCAGCCAAGGAUGUGUCCAUAUCAUUGUGGCCCAAACCAAAGACAACAAGUUCACCCUGAACCAAACGAGCGGCGUCUUCUGCAGCAUCCCGGAGGUGAUCCACUACUACUCCAGCCAGAAGUUACCCUUCAAGGGGGCCGAACACAUGAGCCUGUUAUACCCCGUGCCGAGGGUCCAGUGAACCCCUCACCGCCUCCUCCUGCCAUCCGCUCUGCCCCCCUUCACCACGUGGCUUGCUCGUACAGAUUGCGGCUCCUUAUGUUGGGACUCAACAUGUCACGUUGUGUUUUAUCCAUCCUGCGGGGACACAAUGGCUGCCCCUCCCCCCCUCUUUUCAGCACAAUCUGCUUUUUAUUGCAUAUUUCCCCUCCAAUAACUCGAGGUAAGAAAGACUCCAAAGAGAUGAAAAGUAAGUUAGAGAAGGAUCAGAGGACGUGAUGAGCAAUGGAAAGAAUAGGAAGUGUGAUAGAGAUUGAAAUGUCUGUACAUGACCAACGUGCGGCUCCCGAAUCCGUUAUCUACAAACAAUAAGAAGGUAAAAGUCACUGUAAGAAUAAAGAGCCUGUAGUGCAGCUGAGUCCCCACCAGAUGGCGCCACUCUCCACCCUGUAGCCGCUUGUAUUAUACAUGUAGACUAAUGGCUAAUAAAGAGUUUGUACAUUUAUUGUCUCUG